UGGCGCCGUGACCCGGAUUCGCCGAGAGCAGAAAUCUGUCUGCUAAAACAAAGAUACAUGCGGACAUUUAACUUGCACUAGCACCACCAUUCAAGCUACAGCUGGUCAGGAGGUAACCAAUGAGCUAAUAUCACUGCACGGCGGGGAGGGCGGGGUCUAGCGGCAGCAUCACCUCCUCUCCACCACAGCCUCUUCGCUCGGGUGCUGCUGAUGCUGAGGUGCUACCGGAUGCGAUGGACACGGUGUUACACACAUUAGAACUUCAUACAUGAUGUACAUCGAUUACCAGCCAGGGCGUCUACUAAGAUAAUGAGGAAGAGGAGAAACUGGAAUUCUCUCAAGAGCCUCGGAACGAUUCUGUGAAGUCUCAAUGAAAGCGGCGGUGGUACUUCACUAGUCUUCCAGGACAUGGCUAAGAAAACGCGUGCAAAGGGCGAGAAGCCUGAAGCGCUUAUCUCUGCCCUACAGGCGGCCAAUGAGGACCUCAGAUCCAAGCUUACUGACAUUCAGAUAGAGCUCCACCAGGAAAAAUGCAAGGUGACCAAGCUGGAGCGGGACAAGGUGCAGGAGGUGAAGCGGGUGCGGGAGCAGGAGCAGCACCGCCACACGGCCACGCUGACGGAGCAGCGGGCCAAGUGGCACGAGGAGAAGCAGAAGGAGGUGCAGGCGCUGCGGGAGGCCCUGGCGCGGCAGCACGAGCAGGAGCUGGCGCGCCACGCCAAGAUCAAGGACCAGGAGAGCCAGCGGCUCAAGGCCGCGCUCAACGCCAUGCGCGACGGCAGCGGCGAGAAGGUGCGCACGGCCCUGACCCUGGAGGCCAAGGAGGACGCGCGGCGCUUCUUCGACCAGGAGCGGGUGAAGCUGCUGCAGGAGAUCGUGGAGCUCAAGUCCACCAAGAAGCAGACGGACGAGGCCCUGAGCAACAUGAUCCAGUCGGACAAGAUGAAGGCGGGCGACCUGCGCGUGGAGCACCAGCAGCACCAGGAGCAGAUCUCCAAGAUCAAGUGGGACUGUGAGAAGGACGUCCGCAGGCUGGUGGAUGAAAUCAAGUCCAAAGACCGCUCCAUCUUCUCCCUGGAGAAGGAGCUGGAGUCGACGUCAGGCUACCUGCAGAAGCUGCAGCUGCAGAAGGACGCUCUGGACGAGCAGCUGUUCCUGGCCAAAGAGGCCGAGUGCGGCCUGGGCAGCCCCAAGCGAGAGAUCCCUGGCAGGGCGGGCGACGGGGCGGAGCACUGCGGCAGUCCAGACAUGAGGAGAAACCAGCGUCGAACGGCUGAACUCAACUCAACGAUACGCAAGCUGGAAGACCGCAACUCACUCCUAGUGGAUGAGAGGAAUGAGUUGCUGAAGCGAGUGCGAGAAUCAGAAAAACAGUGCAAGCCGCUGCUGGACAAGAACAAGCUGCUGAACAAAAGGAACGACGACCUGACCCAAACCCUUCAGAAACUUGAAGAUAAGGCCAAGAGCCUGGCCAAAGAGAACCUGGAAAUGAAGGAGAGGAUGAGCUCCCACGCUCCGCUGAAGAAGCUCAAGUCUCUGAACGACCUGGACCAGGCUCACGACGAGCAGGAGCUGGCCUUCCUCAAGCUGCAGGUCCUGGAGCAGCAGACCAUGGUGGACGAGCUCACCAGAGAUAGAGAAAAACUUCUGAGGAAGAAGAGGCAUAAAAGAAGUUCCAGGCCAAUAAAGAGGCACAUCGUGGUGGACACAUUCUUCGGCUAUGACGAGGAGUCCAUGGACUCUGAGACCUCCUCCGUGGCCUCUUUUAGGAUGGAACGGACCCCUGCUACCCCUGAUGAAGACAUGCACCAGGGUUUGGCCAAUGAGGAGUCGGAGCUGCGGUUUCGCCAGCUGACCAGGGAGUACCAGGCGUUACAGCGAGCCUAUGCGCUGCUGCAGGAACAGAAAGGAGGCUUACUGGAUGCAGAGAUGGAGGCCAAGGCCCAAGAUCAGCUCCAGGCGGACGCUCUGCGCUACAAGGCCAAGAUAGAGGACCUAGAGAACGAGCUGAACCUCAAAGGGCAGGACUCGAAAUGGGUGGAAGAAAAGCAGCUGUUCCUGCGUCGGAACCAGGAGCUUCUGGAUCAGAUGGAGAGGACAGAGAGUGAUUCCAGCCGGCUUCAGCAGGAGCUUCAAGACUCCAAGGAUCAGAACGAACUCUUGGAGUUCAGGAUACUGGAGCUGGAGGAGCGUGAAAGGCACUCCCCUCCCUUCAACCAUCUGCGGCUGCACCCGUUCUCUGAAGGUGUCAGCGCGCUGCAGAUCUACUGCAUGAAGGAAGGAGUAAAGGACGUGUGCAUACCUGAUCUCAUCAAACUGCUCGAUAUUCUCGGAGACAACGGAAAUCUACGUAAUGAAGAGCAGGUGGCCAUUAUUCAGGCUAGCACUGUGUUGUCUCUCGCGGAGAAGUGGAUCCAGCAGAUCGAAGGGACAGAAGCGGCACUGCACCAGAAGAUGAUAGACUUGGAGAUAGAGAUGGAAAUGUUCUGUAAGCAGAAAGGGUAUCUGGAAGAGGAACUGGACUACAGAAAACAGACCUUGGACCAGGCUUAUUUGCAAAUCCAGGAGUUAGAAGCCACACUCUACAAUGCCCUGCAGCAAGACAAGGUGAUCAAGUACGGGGAGCCGCUGGACGAGCUGCAGAAGGACGAGCUGCGGACGUCGGUGGAGAAGCUGAGGAGGCAGAUGCUCAGGAAGAGUCGCGAGUACGACUGCCAGAUCCUCCAGGAGAGGAUGGAGCUGCUGCACCAGGCGCACCAGAGAAUCCGUGACCUGGAAAACAAGACAGACAUCCAGAGGAGACAAAUAAAAGAUUUAGAGGAAAAGUUCCUCUUUCUUUUCUUGUUCUUCUCCCUUGCCUUCAUUCUUUGGCCUUGAAGGAUGUGUGAUUGUGUGAGGUGGUGUGGUACCCCUGGAGGAUUUAUUUAUGACUGCCGUAUUUAUUUUUAAUUUUUUCCGUGGCAAAGUGUGAAAUGUUUUCUCCUGUGUCGUAUCAGUAGUGAUGGCUGUGGGUUCUUUGGUUGUCAGUGGAGGUGAAGUCUGGAUCCACACUAUGGAAGAAGAUAAAGGAGAAUAAUCUUUUUUUUUUUUUGGAGGGAGAUUUUUCUCUCGCUUCUCUCACACAUUCUCACUUUUGCUGUGGAGGACAGACUUUACGGAACUGCCAUCUCAGAGAGAAAGGGACUAAAAGCAGUUUCAAAGGGUAUGAUGAGAUAUAGACUAUACACAACUGUCUAGCUGCAUGGUUCCCCAUCCAAACACACAUGCACCCACACAGUAUAUAAAUAGUGUGUGUAUGAAGUAUACAUACAUUUAAACACAAACCAGUAUGGGUUAAGUUCUCUCUGCCAUGCAGGGUUAUAAUACACCAUUUAUACCACAUUGCAAGUAUGGAUGAGUAAAUACUAAUUGAUAGCUUGUACUAACCAGUAGAUCACUCUCUCUUGCUCUCUUUAUUUUUGAGGGGUUUCGCAGUAUUCCUUCUCCUCAAAACAUUAAUUAGCCAGCUAAGGACUUGAGACUCGGGCCUCUUCCCCAUGUACAUUGGUACAUCUGAAAACAUGUGGUAUUUGUCCAUACGACUAGAAAGAACUGUUUUUAAAAAAAUUCACCCUGGAAGGAGUUUUCCAGAAACGUUGUUUUCAGUGACAUGAAAUGAAAUGCCGUUGUGGUGUAGCUGGGAGGCCGAACAUAGAAAAUACUUUAAAAUGCCCAUAUAGUAUGUGCAGACAUGGCCUCAGACUUGAGUCGCUAAUUGAGACUUAACUUGGACUCCCCUGCUAUGUUGACUUGACUUUCUUGAGAAUUGACUUGAGUCUGUCUAGAGACUUGAAAGCAAAGUUUUUCUCAGAUUCUUAAGGCUAUGAUAAAUGAUAAUGGUUCAGUAUGCACAUGGCUAAUAAGCAUAUUGAAUUCACAAUUUGCCUAAGCCAAACGAGCUUUGGAUCACAUUAAGUUUAAGAUUGGCAAAGACAUUCCCCUGGCAGCAUGUUGUCCAGUGCUUAUCCCAGUACUCAGUUCCUUGAAAAGCAGUUCCUGGGAAUAAAGAUUCCUAGUCCUAUGGUUGGAAGCACGGCUCUCUGUCCCUUAAGCUUUGUUUAGCCUGCUGCUUGUUGGCACAGUUCUGCCCACGAUGCCUGAAGCCGGUUGUGGACAACAAGUGGUUCACUGACGAUAACUUGAUGAUCCAAGAUGAAGUUAUGUUGAAUAAAUGAUUACUAAAUGGUAGUUACUGUAAAAUGUUUCUCCUACAUCAGAACAGCCUGAAAGGAUUAGGUCCAACAGCAAUCAAGCUUAGCCAAGAAUAGGCUCCAGCUGAUAAGGGGAGCAGCAAACAAUACAUUCUUCAUUGCUUUCCCUAUAUGUAGUCGAGUGUGAUCUUGAGCCAAUACAACAAAAAUGAAUUAAAUAAAACGAGUAGCCAAUAGUUUCGCUAUGGUUACGUCUUGAGGAUUUGCGAUACCCCCUUACUGACUUGGACUUGUCCUUAGCCCUAGUUCAGAUUUCUUAUUAGUCAUAGAACUGUUUUGAUGAUGAUAAGAUUAUGAUUACUUUUUGGUCUUGAUAUUUUACACCUUACAAUCAAUUAUAUUUGGACUCAAAGACUUUAAAUGCCACUAGGAGAACAAAUUAUCCAGACUGACUAUACAGGUUUCGCAGCGCUGAGGAGGGAAAAUAAAAGGGAGUACAAAAAAAACGAAAAAGAUUGUUGGAGAGUGACAAUUGUGUCGCAACGAUGUUUCACUGAUGAUCUAUUGAACCGCAAACUCUGAAUCUGCGGAAGUUCCUCCGUUAAUAUGAAGCUCUGUGCACCCAAACUCUAAUGAUCCUCUUUGCUCUAGAAGAAAAACAAAACACGCAACAUACAAAAAAUAAUCGGGCAGAUUUUAAUCAACUGAAAUAUCUGGUUAGAGUAUGAGUGUGAGAGUGUAUGUGUGUGUGUGUGUGUGUGUGUGUGUGAAUAUGAUUUUCAUUUUUUCUACAACCCCUCCUUCCUCCAGUCAGUUAUUGUGAAUAGUUUUGGAGGGGAGCCCUAUUCAUUGCGAUUGUAAUAUAUACAUCUGUUUAUAUGUACAUGUGUCUUGUAGCCUCUCUGCUUUAUUCCUGUGACUAGUUGCACCUCUCUUGUUGACGCCUCCGGUGGCUUGAGCAGUUGACACACUUAGCAGUGGUCGUGUUUUGAUUGUGAUGAUUGCUGCGAAAAGAGGAAAUGUACAUUUCUUUGACCCUAAUGAGUGCAAAAAAACUGGAGUAUUGCCUUUGAACUCUUUGAGUCCCCUUUUAACUGUCCUUAAUCGCUAUGACACAUCCUUUCCCAAUAUUCUGCUAUUUUACCAUGUAAUACUCAUACGGUCCAGCGGUUGGUUUAGUUGUACCUGUAUUUAAUUUCAAGUAUCCUCCUUUUUUGCCGUUUUUAUUUUUACACUUUCCACAUUGUAUUUAUGCCAUUACAUUACAUGGUUUAAUAAUAUAAUGAUACUAAUACUGAGAAAUGGAUGAGAGCAUUUUUUUGUUGAAAGGUCUGCAGGUGAAAUGGCAUGUAUUGAUGGUUUUAUUAUUAUAUUAGGUCUAAAAGAUGAUAAUCUGAUGAACCUUCUCCGAUAUAUUUUUCUUUAAAUUCCUCAACCACA